AGGCUUCUCCUCUCGGGUGAGGCGUGCUUUCACUGCGCCUCGUCUACGUCUAGACGGAGUCACUAGGCAGCGAUGAAUCAUCCGGCCCCUUUGUGGCCUCCACAAGUAUUGAUUCCUACCAAAGUCUCAACAUACCAACUCGUUCUUGCCUACCAGCACGCAUUUUGUACGAAUAGUCACUUGUCCACACUAUCGCCCUUUGUAUUCUGCUGCCAGCAUAACCGCUUACGCACCGCGGGAUUUCGUAUUCUAGCUGUUGGCUUUUACGACCCGCCAACAUAAAAGAGAAGGACGAGAAUCCCGUCGGGGAUUGCAAACUAUUGCUAAGCAGAAGAGUCCCGCAUCGUAUCACAUUUCGUCAGCUUCUCAGCUUCUCAGCUUCUACUCCAGGGUACAACUAGCACCGUCUGGUAGGAACACAGCAGCACUCGGGGUCGCGGGGACCAAGAACCAUGGGUGGCCAAGCCUUCGCCAAUAUCAAGUCUGACACUCCCAUCAACGUCCCGCGCCUGCCCCCGGCGGCCUACGAGAGGGUGGUGGCCGACGUCCAGACAAAGCUCGAGAGCCUAUUCAACCGUGUUACGAUCCCACGGGAAGCGCCAGGCAAGCUCGACUAUGGUGAUGUCGACUUCCUUGUUGAAGGAAUACAGUCUACAAACCACAAGGACAUCUGGGCGACCAUCAAGUCGCUACUCGGUGCUAAACUCCAUAUUUCUCGUGGCGGAUCCUCCUCCUUUGGGAUCGAGCAUCCAUACGUACCCGAUGCAUACGUACAGGUGGACGUGGAGAUAUCCCCUGGCAAUGGCACUCCUGACGGCGCCGAACUCUUCGAAUGGACUAGGUUCAUGAAAGGCGAUUCUGAUCUGUUACAGAUCAUUGGUGUCUGCCACAGACCGUUGGGUCUCACCUGCAAUGACCGGGGCCUCCACGUGCGCGUCCAGGAAAUCGAGCCAUACAACAAGAAAAAGAGCCUGAUCUACUUGACGCGACAUCCUGACGAAGCGCUCGAAUUCUAUGGGCUCGAUGUCGCAAAGUAUCGGGAAGGUUUUCGGGACGAAACCGAUCUCUUCGACUUCGUGUCCAAGGGCCGCUUCUUCUCGUGGGAGGUCUUCAACAGCCGCACCGAAAAUUCAAACGACCGAUCACGUCAGAGUAAGCGUGCGAUGUACCGAAGAUUUGUUGAGAAUUACAUGCCCGCCCAUGUAGACGCCGGAACGGUUAACGUCUGGACUCGCGAAGAGGUCUUGAAGGAAGCCUUGGACAGGUUUGGUAAGCACGACGAGUAUCAAGCGAUGUUAGCGGAAUGCAACGCAAAGGAGGCGGAAGAAACACUGUGGAAGCAGAUCCGGGAGUCGCUGCCUGUAGAGGGGCCAGCUCUGAGUUUGAGCUUAAAGGGCCUGAAGCGCUGGGUCGACUUCAACGAUGGGCAGCCCUACAUUACGGCUCAAGCUUUGGAGAAGACUCCUAUCUGGACCGAUGCUAUCUCCAGGGCCUCCACAGACGAUGUGGUGAAAUGGGCUACGCAGAACUGGCGAGAGGUCAAGGCUCUGGAGAAGAGACGUGGUCUGGCGGCUAAAGAGGCGGCCCACAACAGCGUCGACGCAGAGCAGAGUGCGAACGAUCCUUCUCGACCCUCGGCGAAUACGUGAGUCGUGGUCAGCGCCGCCUGAUAGCAUCGUUCGGCGCAGGCGGUAUGCAGGAGCGGUCGCGCGUGCCAUAGAGUAGGCCGACAGGAUGGUGUUGACACAUGGCAAGCCGAAAGCGGGCACUGGAUCCUAUACGAAGGCCGCACACUAGCUAUCGUCAGUAGGACAUAUUCAUAAUGCCAAACCAAGCUCACACGUGUGCCGCCACUACUGGGAAAAGAUGUCUCGUGUGAUGUAAUCGGCCGCUUGCGCAACCUCAAGAAAGCCGAUGCUUUCCUAGGCCCAGCACCCCAGCUUUGUCUCCAGGCAGGAACGCCCGUUCAGCAGCUGUUUGCGAAAAUUUUCAAUUUUGAAGGGGUAAUGCAACGGUUUUGAAGGGGUAACAA